GUGUUCACUGUAUGCCAACCCAGUGAUAGAUGGACCCAUGCAUACUUGUGCAUGCUAAGGAUGGCUUUUGAAUUUUCCUUAGUGAGAAUCAUUACACAAUAGUCCGAAAGUAGUAGUAUCUCUGGAAGCCCUGUGGUUCUACAGGUGCCCUCAGAUUCAGGCUCCUUUUAUGUUGUAAGUACACGGUGGCCCUGGUGCUCAUCUGAUAGGAGCCCUCAGAUCUCGGAGCUUUCAGUUCUAUUCUAACCCAGGGUUUUCUAUAGGGAGUGGGAGAGAAGGCGCAAAGAGGCCACUGAAGGACACAAAACGUGCCCAAAUCCAAUCUAAACUCAUGGAAUGAUUUCACGCUGAGCCUCUAACUCCCCACACAUUGUUUCAAGUUAUCCUAUGACACUCAGACAAUGAGGGAUCACAGUCACUGCCCUGGCCGGCCAAGCGGAGGACCGAACUCCAGGACUAAGGAGAGCUUCCGGGGGCGCGCGAGCCCGCUCUGCGCAGGCGCAGAAGGCAGCACAGUUCCCGGCCUCUCAGAGGGAGGAAGGAGGAGUCAGGAGUCACCGGGUUCCUGGCGCCGCCUGGAGACAAUGAACGCGGCGAUCCCGGGCGGUCGCCGCCGGGCACGAGUGUCACGCCUCAUCUCGUUCAGCGCGAGCCAUCGGCUGCACAGCAAAUCUCUGAGUAAUGAGGAAAACUUGAAACUCUUUGGGAAAUGCAACAAUCCAAAUGGCCAUGGGCACAAUUAUAAAGUUGUGGUGACAGUACAUGGAGAGGAGGCAAUUAUAAAGCCCCUAGAUCACAAGAACCUGGAUCUGGAUGUGCCAUACUUUGCAGAUGUCGUAAGCUGGAGCUUCUGCGUGAGGUCAGACAUGCAAAUCUUCUUCCCGCCCCUCCUGAAAACACAGUGCCUUCUGAAACUGGCCAAGACACCCACCAAGAAUGAGUCAUCAGUCACUAGUCACCUGUCACUGACGAUCCUCUACCAAUUUCAGUUUGGGGAAUAUACAGAUGAUGAUUUUAUUUUGCAUAUCAUUCAUCUCAACAUUUGCUAUUUGAAGAAAGCUGUUGAGACAUGUUCUUCACCUUUUGAUGAAGCUCAACAAUCUUCUCAGGUGCUUCCAGAGUUGAAAACUGCUCUACUAAGUGGUUUAGGGAAAAGAAGAAUGAAUCUGAUCAGCAUGCUGCUCUCAAGGGCCUGGUAACAAGUUGGGAAAGGAGAAAUGGCCAAGUUGGCUGGGAAAAUGAGUGGGACCUGAAGAUACAAGGGCAAUGCCAGGACCCUGUAUAUAGAACUUCUUGAGAGCUCCCAUGAGAUGUGGAUGGCAUAAAAGAAGACCGGACACCUUGGGGAGCCACUACCCUGACUUCCCAGAGUCUGUGGUGCAUUUCCCUGAUGUGUAUUUUUAUUUUUGCUUUUACCUUUUUUUCCCUCUUGUUCUGCCCAAGCUCACUCUACAGAGCUAG